GCCUUCCAUCACCUCCCGAUGGCGGUUGGCGCAUGCGCACUUGACGGGAGGCGGCCCAGGCCAUGGCGGCCGUUUAAAGGUAACCGAUUGAGCCAGAACCGGAGCGGCGGGUUUUUGCGCCGAGAGGUCCCUCUCCCUCCCUCUACCGAGCCCCGUCGCCAUACCAAAGUGUGACGAGACUCAAGAUUCAGGCCUGACGGGAGGAGGCGGAAGGGCGGGGGGAAGGCCUAGAAUUCCCGCCGGCUCCCCUUGUGAGCUCCGAGGCCCCACAUUCCCCCCUCCCACCGCCGCCUCCACCAUAAUUUGGAGGGACGCGAGGAAAUACUCCCUAGAUAGAAGCGGGGGAAGCCAAAUCACGCGCCCGCCACCUCCACCCCCCUUCUAAAAGGAACCUUCCACCCGCCACUGUGGUAUGCUAUCCCUCUUCUCUGAUUUAGCGCCGAGGGAAGUUCCAAUCAAGUCAGAGGGGGGCGCCGUCCCCAUAAUCCUAUCCGCCCCUGUUCCCAUUAAUUUUAGGCCCCCGCAGCAAGGGUUGGGGGUGGAGGGAGCCCAGAGCUCUCCCUCCCCAUAUCCGCUAAAGAGGGGGCCCACCUCUCUCUUGCUCCAGAGGGUACUGAGGAAAACACAAACAGAGAGAUUUCGGUGGCGGGGACGCAGCACUCACCGGCUUGUUUUGGGUCUCCCCUCAACACUGGCAUAAAGGACUAGGAAGCCUAUUCGGGAGGGAGCUAGUGGAUAGAAAGCGCAUAUAGGGGGCCCUAUUCCUCUUUGGGGGCUGCAUAGUUGAGAGCUAGGUUAGACAGGCCAUAGAGAGACCUCUGUCUUGGUUUUAUAGGGGGGGUGUAGAAUCCCUCCAUGAAUGUCUUCUUUGAGGGGAACCCCCACACGCCGGCCAAAGGUUGCCAGCCUGUCUAAUAAUCCUAAUAGAGUCCAUCGGAAGGAUCUGAAGCAUAGCCUGUCCACGUGUCCCCUUUUUAUCCAGGGAGAGCGGGGAGCUGUUACUCCACAAAAUCAUUGCCGGGGACCCCCGAAGCACCCCUGUCACUUGCAGAUUAACUCAUCGGCGGCCUAGGCAGAAAACAAAUUGCUUUGAACCCAAGAGCCCUUUGUUGGGAGGGUGGCUUUUCCGCACCCCCACGACACUGGCGGGGGGGGGGGGGGAGAUUCAGUAACUGAACCUGUUAGCAAGGUGGAGGAGAGAGGGCCCCGUUUCUCCUUUUCCCUGUAUAGCAGCGAGUGGCGCCCAGUUUCCCGCUUCCCCCACCCCAGAGUUUUGGGACUUGGGGAAGAGAAGAGAAGAACCGAGAUGAUCCUUGCAGCAGUUUCGGCAGCGAGAGGAGAAGGGUCGGUGAGUCAGUGAGACCGGCCGGGGGAAAGUGGUGUAGCAAGAAAAGGGGACGAUGGGUCUCGGUGGGGCGGGCGACGGCGGCGCCCCCCGAGGGGUCCAGGUGGGGGAUCCGGGCCGGAGAGGGGAAGAAGAAGAGGAGGGAGGAGGCGCCGCCGCCGCCGCGGCAGAACCCGGAGCUUGAAGGCGACCCUCGUCGCUAUGAGAUCCACCGUGUACAAAGCCACCGCGGCGGCAGCAACGACGACGACGGGGCCGGGCUUGCUGGAGCCUGGCCCGGAGGAAGAGGAGGAGCCGCCGCCGCCGCCUCAUCUCCGCCAGCCUCCGCCUCCCCCGCAGAACCAGAUCCCCGUGCCGGCUCCAGCGGCGGCAGCAGCGGCGGGCCCCAAAGGCCGGGCCAUCGUUCCGGCGGCUGCGGCGGCCGCGGCCCCGGGGCAACAGCAGCAGGAAGGCGGCGGGGGCUGCUGCUGGGGUGGCCUGGUCCCCUCGCCGUGCCCGGUCGGCAGCACUCGGCAGGCGGGCGUGGGCGAUGCCGCCGGCAGCUCCCGCCCCUCCAAGUACCAGGCGGUGCUGCCCGGACACACCGCUGCUGCUGCCGCCGCCACCAGCACCGCCGCCAAGGACUGCAAGCGAGGCGGCGGCGGCCCUUACGCGGGGCCUGGAGGGGCUCCGGCGUCACUUUCUCCUUCUCCUACGCCGCCGCCGUUGCCGCUGCCGCCGCCGCCGGUUUCCGCCACGGCCGAGCCUGGACAGCCUCCUCCAGCCCCAACAGCGGUGCCGGCGGCGGCGGCGGGAGAAUCUCCGGUCUCUUCCGAGCCCGGCGGCAAGUGGAAAGGCGGCAACAGCAGCACCGGGAGCGGCGGUGGGGGAAGCAGCCUUUGGAAGAGCCCCAUGGGGGCCGGCGGGGGUGCCUCCUGCCAGACGGCCUGCCUCAAGCAGAUCCUGCUUCUCCAACUGGACCUUAUCGAGCAGCAGCAGCAACAGUUGCAGGCCAAGGAAAAGGAGAUCGAGGAACUCAAGGCCGAGAAGGACACACUCUUUGCUCGAAUUGAGCGUAUGGAAAGGAGGAUGCAGCUGGUGAAGAAGGACAAUGAGCGCGAGAAACACAAGAUACUUCAAGGUUAUGAGACGGAGGACAAGGUUGAGUCUGAAGUACCAGAGAAGUUGCCCAUAGAAUGCCAACCACCAGAACUUCUGGAGACGUCACAACCGCUGCCUUUGAAGCAUUUUCCAUAUGGGAGGAAUGGGAAGGGUCAUAAACGGAAGUCUGCAUUUGGAAGUGCCGAGAGGAAAACUCCAGUGAAGAAGCUGGUGGCCGAAUUCUCAAAAGUCAAGUGUAAAACGCCAAAGGCUUCCCCAUUGAAAGAGGAACCCAGCAGUUCAUUAACUGAAUCAAUUAGCAGACGUGAGCUGCGAAGUCAGGAGACUCCUGAGAAAGCCCAGUCAUUAGCGGACACUCCACUGAAAUCAUUGGCCCCUUUGAGAGGAUCUGGGUGCCAUUCAAAAGACAAGGGUUCCUCCAGUGAAACAGAAGACUUGCCGUACCUUUCCACCACUGAAAUGUACUUAUGCCGGUGGCACCAGCCACCUCCUUCACCGUUGCGAGAGACUUCUCCCAAGAAGGAGGAGAUUGUAGCAAUUCCAUCCUGGAGGGACCACAUGGUAGAGCCUCUGAGAGACCUGAAUACUUCAGAACUUUUAGAGAACUUGGAUGACAACGUCUUCUCCAAACGGCAUGCAAAGUUGGAAUUGGAUGAGAAGAGGAGGAAAAGGUGGGAUAUUCAGCGUAUCCGGGAGCAAAGAAUUUUGCAGCGACUACAACUCAGAAUGUAUAAAAAGAAAGGAAUUCAGGAAUCUGAGCCUGAAGUUACCUCAUUUUUCCCAGAGUCAGAUGAUGUUGAAAGCUUGCUGAUCACCCCUUACUUGCCUGUUGUAGCAUUUGGCCGACCGUUACCAAAAUUAAAUCCACAGAAUUUUGAACUGCCGUGGUUGGAUGACCGAAGCCGUUGCCGGUUGGAGAUGCAGAAGAAACAGACUCCUCACCGGACAUGCAGAAAAUAGGCAUGUCCAACUAGGAGAAAACUCUGCCUUGAUGGUAGGCUUGUGCUAUUUGCAGCAAAUGGCAGAGAACCUAUAUGUUCUGUCAUGUCACUCUUUCCCCGUGAUGUACAUUCUUGUUCACUAUAAAUAAUUUUUAUGCUCACAUAUAGUUUUAUUUUCUCCCCCCCCCCCAAACCCCCAUGAACUUCUUCACUGGUUUUCCAUUUUUCCCUUUGUCUGGCAGAAAGUACUGGAGGCUUGCGUUGGGACAGCAAGGCUGGCAGCUUACAAUGCACUUCAGUUUAUCUCUAUUGGAUAAUUAACAGCCAUUUAAAAACUGAAAGGUGGACAAGCAUUAAAAAAUACAAUGAAACUCUUCUCAUUUGUAAGUUCUCGAGCAUGCAAAGCCCACCCCUGCUUUUACAAACUAAUAAAGCCUUUUGAAAUAUUUAGCCUGCUGGUUAACGACCUUGAACAUUGUAUGGGUGGGAGACACAUAACCCAUUAAGAUAUAUUGGACAAACAUUGAUGUUUCUUCUUGUCCUGGUGCUUGUAAUUGCUGUUCUAAAAAGGCUCCGCAAUAUGGUUCCUCCCACCUCGUUUGGUUUUUCAUGUUUUUCAGUGAGUAUAAACAACCCUUGUUCAUGCCUUCUGCUUCUGAUUACAGGACAGUGGGUUAUUAAAACUUGACAUUUUAUUACUGAUAGUAAAGGGCUCCAUACCUUGACAACUAUGUCACACUGUUAGUUCUGUUGGAACAGUUAGGUAUAAACCAGGGUUGACAGUGCAAUGUCAGAUUGUCUCCAGACUUUUCCUGGUUUGUUUUACCAGCAGGCUCUUUAUUUCUUAGUUUUCUUCUGUUAUAUACAGCGUGGCUAAAUUGUAGGCUAUUUUUAUAUAUAAAAGAAACAAAAUUUUGCACAAUUCUAGUUUCUUAUUGGAAAUUCUCAGUGGCCGUGCUGCCGGAUUUGCUAGUAAAUGAGGCGUGGAGAAUUGAGUAGAUACUGACCCCAUGGCACUGCCAAGCGGCACAAAUGGCAUCUCAAAAAUAGUCCACCCCAGCUUCACCAAAAAUCCCAGACUCUGCCUCUGGUAUAUGAUGGAAGGACUUUGUUGCUUAGCAACCACCAUGUGCUUCCAUCCCCAGAUCCGGCAAAGCAACUUGCCACUGGAGGGAAGGGCAGCAAUGAGAGAGGCAAAAGGGUUUUAUCCUCUUGCCAUACAUGGUGAUUAAUCCCUGCAAUACCUCUUGAAAACAAUGGUUUCCUCCCCUUGCCUGAAGUCCAUUGCAACAUGUUUAUAUGUAUCUUAGGGAAGGUUAAAGUCUGUUAGAGAAGUGGUUGUGCCUGUAUUCUUCACUACAGCAACUCCCAUUUGUUUACAUUGAGUUAAAUCAAAGUAACAGCUGAACCCUUGUGUCUCUUUGAAGCUUGUUUAGCAUCUUUUAAGUAAGAUUACAGCUCGUGAAGAUGAAACAUUCAUCCUCUCCAGAGAACAGGGAAUUCCUUUAUAAUUCCACAUGCUCAUCUGCCUGAUCCAUGCAAUUGCAGGAAGCUGCCUGGGUGUGUGUGCAGUGAAGCUACCUUUUAUUUCUUUGCAUUGAAUGAAACUUCUAUAUAAAUAGAAAGAAAGCUCUGGGUCUCAGUUUCAUUGCUUGUUGCAGAUCCCAGUGCAGGAUGAUGUCCAAUGCUUUUGCACACUAAGGACAUCAUGAAGGGUAAACGCUUAUCUAACACAUUUGUUUUUCUACCACAUCUUUCAAAUACUUCCAGUAGUUGCUGUUUCACUUCUGGGUUACGUUCCCUGGGAAUUCAGAAGGAUAUCUCCCCCCCCCCUCAGAGUAGCACGCUCAAUGUGAACAUAGUUAAAGAGGUCAUGAGUGUGGCUUAAACUUCAAAAUGAGAAAAACAGAUCCUGUCUUUUGCCAAGUAAUCCGUGUAGUUGAGGUAGUGCACAACGCUUGCCUAAUUUUAUUUUAAAUAAGGCUGUAUUUGAAUCUUUUGCUUUUUUUAGCAUGCCAGCAUGCAUCCUUAUUUUUAUUUUUUUGUGCCCUGCAGUUACAAGCCUGGAUGUAAAAAAAGAAAGGAAAAAAAGCAAGCCUCAAGUAUAGGUUUCUUGAAGGCACUGAUUUCAUACUUGAUCCUGCCAACACUUGGGCCUACUUUCUGCUCUCAAGUAAGCACAAGCAGUUUGCAAGAUCUUGUCUUGGGUCUAUACAUCCCAUUGGGGGAGGGGAUAACUGCUUUUGCUUAGGUGAGAAAACAUCUAUUAUCAGAAGUGCCGCAGUAUGUGUUUCUGAAAUACAACAGCAAAAUAUUCCCUAGUCAAUAGUGUGCUGGUUUACAAGAAGAAUCCCACACAUGCAAUUUAGAUCUAAGAGGAUGGGUAGGUGUGUGGAAGUAGGUAAGGGUUGUACAAAGCAUUUGCAGUGGAUGUUAGUUGGGAGUGGAGGGAAUAGCCUUCCCUAUAGGGGAUACAGCACUGUGAAAUUUGUAUUUGCCCUUGCAAAUUAGAUCUGAUACUUGGUUUAGGACGAAACAUUACUUUUAACCAAGCUUAUGGUAGUUCAAAAAAGUGUCUGUAAUCCCCUCCUUUGUUUUCUGCCCUUUGACAUGUGGUUGUCUGCAAAUGCAUCCUUUUUGAUACCAUUUUAAAUAUGUAAAAUCAGUUGUCUUGUAAAUAUCUUAUAAAGGAAAAAAAGUUUGUAAAUACCAAAUUUGUGGCUGUUAAUGUUUGGGGUUUUGUUUUUAAAAAACUUUGCUUCAGUUCAUUUAGGUUUAACAGUGUUAACAGGGAGUAUUAAGAGAAAUUCUGCUUGUAUGUUUAAACAAAAUUGAAACAAAUCAUUUUUUUUACAAUAAAAUGGAAAGAAUAUU